AUGGGUAAUUCUGGAUCGAAGCCAUCGAGUGGUAAGAAAUCAUCUGCAUCAGAUCGAUCUGUAAAAAAGAAAUAUACACCAUCCAAGAAGACAUCAUCCAGUUCAUCGAGUAAGAGUCCCGUAUCAAGUGGUAGAGCUCAAUCUACUUCAAGCAAGAGCACAGCAUCAGACAAUGUAUCAAAAGAUACUUUAACCCAUUUUGAGAAGGUUGAAAAGCCAGAAACUCCAAAUCCAGGUGCUGAUAAGAUAUCAGAUAGUCUGCCAUUAAUAAACGUCACAGAAGAUGCCAUACUCGCUACUUCAGAUAGUAAGAAAGCUAAAGCCCAUAUUCCUAGUUCAGGCAAAUCAGUUAGUUCAAUGAGUACUAAAAAUAGUAACAAAGAGAAAAGUUCUAGUGAUACAACAGAUGAAAAUAAAAAACUACAUCAUAAGAGAGGACAUUCGUUAGGUUAUAUUCCUAUGCAGGAGGUGACCUCUAACGAAGCAACAACCGAUUCAAAUCAAAUUAGUAGACACUUGCAAGUUAGUGGCACGAACUCAUCUCUUCACACAGCAAGCAAUAAUAGGAGACUCCCAUUGUCUAGAAGGUCUAGUCAUACUUCAAACUCCGACUUACCUCCUUCGAUGGUCCAAUUAGAACCAAAAUCUCCUAUUUUAAAAGGUUAUUCAAAAUCUAUUCAUGGUAACUCUACUCAUUCUUUGUCUUAUCAGAAGAGUGAGACAGGGCAAAAUUACGACAAUGAACCAUCUACAGGGCACGAAUCUAAUAUGAAAUUGCAUAGAUCCGGCUCGUUUGCUUCUUCACUUCAUUCGGGUAAUGCUACUGUUUAUAAUACACCAUUAACGUCUCCUGGUAUAGAAUCUCACGGAGGCUCUGAAGAUUAUUUUAAUAAAUCCCAUGAACCAUCAAAUUCAGGUCCUGACUAUCAUUUACACUCCUCAAAGUCCAAUAAAGAUAUAUUUGACAAUACAGUAAACUUGAUAAAACACACAUAUAAAGAUAGUUUUCCAAAAUCUCUUCCUUUUGAGGAUGUAUUUGAAGAAAAUUUUGAAAAAGAUUUAAAUGAUGAUCGUUCUUUAGCAAUGAAAAGGAAAAAACCACUAAAACCAAUUAAUAUAGAUGAAACGAUACAAAAACUACUAGAUGCCGGUUAUGCAGCAAAAAGAGCAAAAACAGUGUGUUUGAAGAACUCAGAAAUAGCACAAAUUUGCCAAUUAUCCAGAGAAAUAUUUUUAUCUCAACCAUCCCUAUUAGAAUUAUCUGCUCCUGUCAAAAUAGUUGGUGACGUUCAUGGUCAAUAUGGUGAUUUAUUACGACUUUUUACCAAAUGUGGGUUUCCUCCAGCGGCAAAUUAUUUAUUCUUAGGUGACUAUGUUGAUCGUGGUAAGCAAUCCUUGGAAACUAUAUUAUUAUUAUUGUGCUAUAAAAUAAAGUAUCCAGAGAAUUUUUUUCUUCUAAGAGGUAAUCAUGAAUGUGCAAAUGUUACAAGAGUUUACGGGUUUUAUGAUGAAUGUAAACGUCGUUGUAAUAUAAAGACAUGGAAAGUGUUCGUGGACACAUUUAAUACUUUACCAUUAGCGGCAAUUGUCACAGGUAAAAUUUUCUGUGUUCAUGGAGGUCUAUCACCUGUCUUAAAUUCCAUGGACGAAAUCAGGCACUUUAGCAGGCCAACAGAUGUACCAGAUUUUGGUUUAAUAAAUGAUCUUCUCUGGUCUGAUCCAACGGAUUCGCCUAAUGAGUGGGAAGACAAUGAACGAGGUGUGAGUUAUUGUUAUAACAAAGUUGCCAUCAACAAAUUUCUAAACAAAUUUGGAUUUGAUUUGGUCUGCCGGGCUCAUAUGGUAGUAGAAGACGGCUAUGAAUUUUUCAAUGAUCGUAGUUUGGUGACAGUGUUCUCUGCACCAAACUAUUGCGGUGAAUUUGAUAAUUGGGGGGCUGUUAUGACUGUCAGUGAAGGUCUAUUAUGCUCAUUCGAAUUGUUAGAUCCAUUAGAUAGGGCAGCAUUGAAGCAAGUAAUGAAAAAGGGAAGACAAGAAAGGAAGCUAGCAAAUCACCAAACACUUCUUGAAUAUUAA